CCGGUCUGCCAGUCUGUCAGCGUGUUUCUCAGCAUGUCCCUCGCACUGGUCGUGAGGCAGACCGUCGAGAUGCUGGCGAUGGAAGGUGGGAUCCACGGACUCCCAGUUGCGGAGCUGUGCGGCAGGCUGGACCUUCCAGAGGAGGUGCGCCGCAGGGUGAGUAUCUGCUGGAGACCGCCUCGUCCGUGUUGUGAUAUACUGUAGGCUCAGGCGGCGCUGACCGAUGCGCUCGCGGCGAGGGAUGAUAUCGAAAUCGUCGCUGAGGUGAUCGGAAAAUGACUUGAAUCUCCCAUCUGCCUCUUGAUCGCCUCCUGAUGUGCUAUGGACUCCUGGACGUAUCCAGAGGGGCCAAAUGAGGGCACGCAUUCGCCCAAGCAGCUCGUCCUCACGUCAGUUACUCAACAUCGGUCACACCUACCCUCUGUCCAAGCACGAGGUGCGGCUCUGCAUCCUUACUGCUAUUGCUAAAAGAAGGUGUGAGAAAGCGAUUGCAAUCCUGCCACAAAACAAUAAUGCGGCACUCACCGAUUCUUGCAGGUGCGAGGGAUAUUGGCAGUUCCAGCUUUCAUGGGACCUCGGCAUUGAUCCGCGAGACGUGUUUCAUCACGUCAAGGCCUUGACGCGAGACGGCUACCUUGUGCGCUUCGCGCUAGCCAUUCCAUCUUGGGCCCGCAAGCGGAAGGAUGGGACGGUCAUGGACCACAAUGCAGGCAGCGUAGCCUCAUCAUCACUCAUUUGGCUCGAAACUUACUUUGACCCUCUCCAUAUGCCUCGUCACGUGUGGGACCUGUUGUUUGCGUCCAAGCUCCAACCUUUCACAGAGAAGAUACUGUCGAUCAUAAGUGCGCGACCUCAAGGCCUUAUGCUCGAGAGCGACCUUGAGCUCCUGUGCCUCAGCUUUCUCAGUGAAGAGGUGUUCGGAGGAAUUAAUCUCAGUGAACAUCAGAUUUACCAGAUUAAUUCCUGUUUCUCUUUUCUAGGUGUCGCCGGUGGCCAGCAUGAAAAGCGCCAGAAGUCUUUACAAACGUCUCAGGUGGCAAUAAUUGUCGACGAGGUGUUGGGCCCUAGAUCCGUGUCUGGCUCUCGCAGGCGACGUCUGUUGCACGACGACAAAGCGAGACGCGUUAAGACUUGGUGUCCGGCAACAGAGAGGACUGAAACUUGUAUUUGCGUCAAUGCGAAUGCAGGGUAAGGGACGACAUGUAUAGCGAUGUUCACUGAUCCGUAAUGACUCAUUCGUUUCGACUGGGUGCAGCACCGCUGACCAAUCAGUUGAACCGUUAAUAGAAAUGCCAGAGGUGGCGCAGCACGGCGGUGAUCUCAAAGAAGAGGAUGAAUCAAAGUCCACGAUAAGGGGAAUGAAAAAGAAUGUCUGCCGCACAUCUGACACCUGUGUGUGGGCUGUCUCUGAACACCAGACGAAGUGAAAGAGCGGCAACUUUUGUUGAACCAUCGCCGGCGGAUCAGGUGAUGUUCCUUCACUCAGACACGCUGCCGCACCAGUUAUUCGGUGGCAUCAGAUUCAUAACCUUGUUCGCUCGACGGCAUGCGGCGGCAUCUUCACCCCCGACAUUCAGUCUACCUCAGCCAUACCGAAGAAAAUGGUUGAGAAAGUGCUCGUGGUAACAGAUGCUCCCCGUUGCUACCAUUGUACAGACUGUGCAGUUCACUUUGCAGGAGUUAGAAGAGGCGGGACUGGUCGCGAAGGAGUACCAUCGACAGCAGGGCCAACAAGGAAACGCAGCCGUGUUCCGAUUUCAUGCAAUGGACGCCGCUCCAAGGUUUGCAUCCCGAACAAAACGCCCGUUGGAUUAUCCAAUUUUUACGACUUCUUCACUCUCAUCAGAACAAAACGCGCCCCAGCACUUUCCGGAGAUGCUCACGACAGGAAAGAAUCUGGCCCUGCGGCAACCAUUACACACCAGCUCCAGCGGCGGCUUAGAUGGUGUGUUCAAUUCAUCGAGCGUGAGUGCCGGAGCAUGCCCGCAGCUGAGAGUGGAGAUGUUAGAAGAGGAAGGGGCGUUCUGAUUACUGAGCUUCAAGACGUUGUUGGGUCGAUGGAAAGCAGUGGGAUGCCAGACAGGUAGCUUGAGGGGAGACUCCUUCUGCAAUUCAAGCGAACGCGUGUCUUGUCAUGUGUAGAAAAACUGUUGUGAAAAUGCUUCCAUCGAUCCAGAAGAUUUUGCCGACGCUCAAGAUCUGCCAAGUAAAGAUGAACAAAUCACAGGUGCGAAAAACAGCUGGGCACCUUUCCAACGGAGCAAUUUGGGGAUUACAUUGCUGCAAUAGGCGGUCCGGUACGUGUUUCUUAGCGAUGAGCUCAGCCAAUCGGAAGCGGAUGAGAGUGCCAAGCAGACAGUAACUUAUUUUUCCCGCACAAGUUACUGUGCUAUCAUAUCACCAGAGUUCUGUGCUCUAUCAGUUGGGUUUUCGCAAACAAGCAGCACAAGAUGCAGCACAAAGAAGGAAAGGGAACCUACAGGGGAAUCUUGCCACUGUGAGAACGUUGAACUGACGCGGAGAAACUUGAUGGCGAAAGCAUUUUUUCUUCUUGCAGGGCAUCGUUGGCGUGUCGCUGGCGUCUUCUGGUCCCAGAAAGAGCACCAGGCGGAAAAGGGUUCGUGUGAACAAGACUUAUUUUGGCCUAAGGAAACACCAACAACAAAUGCUAAAUACUUAAGUAAGGCCUUUUUAUUGCUCUCCGUUUUUCAGAAACAGCCUGACAAACUCAGGUUUCAACAAAGAGUUGCUCAAUAUUAUGGCUACGUCUCGCCUGCAAUGCUACGGCUCCAGCUGUUCCACCGCGCAGUUCUCGACUUAGCACGGGAGGCCCUUUUUCUCUCUGGUAGGAAAUAGAAAGAAACUCAAGCGAACUUCUCCUUGUCAACAUCGCCGAUCGGCAGGCUACCAAGAGCCCGCAACAAUGGAGGACACUGCUUUGCGAACAGAAAACGUUUUCCGAAACAUGACUCUCGACACGUUCCUUCAAGUGGUAUGUGCUUCGCAAGUUGAUGAAUUGUGUGUGCAGCUGCGCACAGUGCGUGGUUGUCUAACUUUCAGCUCGGAUACGGAUCUCCACUGCAGUGGGUCGAGGAAUAUCUAGUCAGCAGCCAACCGCCCAUGCGAAUGAAGGAGGUGCCUGUUUUCGAGAUACGCAGUUUGUUGGACCCAGGAGGUAUGGCACGAUGAUGUACAGAUCCACAUACCCUGUCUUUGCUCACGACAUUCAUGCGCAGGUAGUUCGAAGCAGUCCCGAGAGAAGUACCUGUCGCGCAUAUCAAGACUGUUCAGUGCUCUCUGUAAGCACCGUGAUUGCAGGACUUCUUUCCUUUUUUCCUCGCAUUUCUUUGUCACAGGUAACCUACAUCUCGUGUCUGCCAAUGAAAGCGCCCAACGCGUGUCCUGGAUAAUUCAUCGUCGUGUCUCCCUUCACCGUUUUUCGAACGAUCCGCAUGUACACGGGAAAGACGCGAAACAUUCGUACCACGUCCAUCGCGUCUGAUGGUGUGUUCUUCGCAGCAACCUCAAACGGUCAUCGGCUCGUUCGACCUUUGGGAGCGAACCGACUUUGGCCGCUUUUGGAGCACCUUGCAAGUCUGAGGGAACAAAAUGGGGUCACAGGGCUUCAAAUGGAUAUACCAUAUUGGAUUAUGCUUGUAGGAAGAAUCUUUCCGCUGGAUUUCCACGAAACAGCCUGGUGUUCUGCAGAGUGUCGGGUCCGGGUCUGUCGAAACCAAAACCGCGGAAGACGCAAUGGCUGAAAGGCGGAGCGAAGCGCUGGCCAGAAAAAAGGCACGAAUUUCUUCAUGGUUGCAGCGCAAUUAUUUUCUUUUUCUGUGUCAGAGAAAGGUAGACUGUCCAGCCAACGUGAAGUUGCGUUACUUGUUUUCCAAGAAGAACUGGAAAUCUCAAAAAUGCCUUGAUGCAAGACGACAAGUAAGACGGGGCAGAGAACUAAAAUACUUCUGUUGCCUCCCCUCCGUUGCCAGGCAAAGAUUGAGGGGGUGGCAAAGAGCCUUUCCGACAUGCCAGGUGGGAAGUCUAAAGGUGUCAGGUGAGUUCCUCCUCCGCGUUCCGCAGUUAUUUCUGGUUUAGCCACAAGGCUCAAUCUGCAGUCACAGGUAGAUCUCAUAGAAUUGAAUCAGAUAAUGCCGACUGAGCUGCUUCUAGCUGUUUCAUGCUUUCUUAGGCAGCGUUCCACCCUCUCGUUCGCCGGCUGAGCUUCAGGUUCGUCAACCAUCCGCACAACAAAGUGGGGCCUGGCACUUUGACGAGUGCAGGAAGUACUCCAACGGAUUUCCGAGGACAGCAGCUGGAGCAAAAAUUUGGCAGAGACGUCAACGAAGCGGCAGGAGUAAGAGAACGACCACUGUAAUGCAGCUUCUUCUAUUGCAACAUGUCUUGUGUCUUUGCCUGGGAUGCAGCAACCGAACAAGUCCGCGAUCCUUCAACUACUGCUCAAGACUACAAUGCAGAAGAACUCGGACAGCUUCAGCUCGUUAGAUGGGAUAAGGGAGAUGAGAUUCGAAGGACAAAAUUCAAUUCACUGCGUGGCUGUCCUUUGACUGUCGCAGACUGACCCCGAAUGGGCGGAUGCCCUGCACCAGUUCAAGAAAGGUAAGGUAAGAGAGCCGUUCUGCAUGUUCUUGUCUCUAAGUUGUCAAAACCCCAUCUCUAUGCGCAGAUGAGGAGAAUCGGUUGCUUGCCUACGCCGUGGUGGCGGAGCGUCUGUGCAGAGCACCGGAACCGUCGAAAGCCAUAGGUCUUAUCGCUUCAGUAUCGCAACGUUCUCGCAGCAUCGCUUCCCUAGCGCAUCCUACAUGGCUGGUAAUGAGCUACAGCCGAGAAAGACCCCUACAGCCUGUUUUCGCCGCACAGAACAUGGAACUUUUUAGCGGCCACUCCAGUGAAAGAUGUCGUCACGGUUUUAUGAUCAUCGUGGCACGCACCCCGUUGGCCGGCCGUCUCUGGUCGAACUUCAGGUCAUUGGUCCGUUUCGUGAUCGACGAGUACAGAAGAGACUUGUUGUGUUUCCUCGCUGCAGAAAGCUGGGCAUAGGCGCCUUUUGCGACUGGAUUUGUCCCCCGACGAUUAGUGAUGUUGCCUAUGAGGGAUCUCUUGCGAACGUGACAAGCAUUGUGCCCAGUGGCAUCUCGUUUUCGAAGGUUGUAGCGGAAGCGAAAACAUCAGAGCCUGAGCUACUCAUGCGUCGAGCAUUUCUGCGGGUCUCGUCUCACGAACUAUCCGAAGAAACAAGCGCCGUAACAUACGCUUCGUGCUUGUUUGUUUCAUCAGAUUCACUUGUUGACUCCAGUUUAUGCAUACCGAAGAAGCUGGGCGUCGACAAGUGUGGAGAGGCUGCUGAACCAGGACAUCGAAACCACCCUUGCCGACUGGAAGCACAAAGGCUGGGUCACAAUCGCAAAGACUGCUUCAACACCUCGCGAAAUGGCCGUGCAGCACUAUUUCUUCGAUGCAGCAGCGAGAACAUACGUCUUGUCGAAGUAAAUUGUCAGAAUUGAAAGAACGGAGCAGCAGUCUGAUUUGGUCACGGUGCCUUGACAUCAGAUCGGCGCGGCUUCUCUUAUUUGGCAAAUGCCGAGACAUCAUCAACGAUAUGACGUUUGACAGAGUUGCCAAUGGCUUCCAGUCAGUCGUCAGUCGGGUGACCAACAGUGCCCGACAACCUCUGCGUCCGGUGUGGCAGCCAUCGGAUGAUUCGACCGUCACACUGCGUGAUACCUCUACGAAUGAAAGGGCGUUCAUCUUGGUACUGAACAGCAUCCGACUCCACCUUAGGGCAGAAGAGCCGCAGGUAUGAAAUCACCGAGAAUAUAUGGUACGAAGGACUCUUGUAUUUCUUGUUUCCUGCUUUCAGCCGAGAUCAUUCCAACGCGGUGCAACUGACGAUUUUCCCUCUGGCACUGAAGCCGGAGACAACGCGUAAGCGCGCGGCCCUGUAAUACGACAAUCAUCACAGCUACAUGUUUGUCCCUAUCUGGCCUAUUCUUUGACCUCAGAGACGCAACUGAACUUUCAAAGUUUAGAAGGCGGGUACGACAGGCACUGGGAAGCAACGAUCAGCAAGGUCCUUUCUUGGCACAUGUCCUCCAAGCCGAGUCCGCAGAUGAAGACGAAGUUUCAAACAGCAGCCGUGAAUCGGCCGGAAACACAGACGAGAGGAUCUCGCUCUCAACGGGAACGACGACGACGAAAGGAUUGGAGAGCUUCCUGUCCGAGACGGCAAUUAUUGACUUGCUUCUUGUUGACAGGCUUCAGCGCAACCUCGAGAUCCGAAGAACCAGCUUUCAUGGUGGGGCUAAGCAGCGGACUGAUUGCCCAGACCCUUCCUUCUUUCCCGUCGUGCUGAAAGCGGCUGCCAUCGGGAUGGGUUUGCAGCGGGGUCCAUGCAUCGAGCUUUCUGACGUCUACACGGUGUUGACAAGCGGGCUCUCUGGUGAUGAUGGCGUCCACAUGUUUCUGGAUGGAGUCAAGAUAUCCCAACCAGAACCCAUUAUUCCGUGCUACGAUGAGGAGCGCGAGAAUCAGUGUUUGCUAGACUCAAAAAUGGCGGCGAGUUUGGAAAUUGUUUCAUCAUGGCCCUCUCCAGCUAGCAACAAAUUGUCACCAGACCCCAAAGCUGUUGGCGCUUUGCCCGAAAGAUCUGACAUCUUGUGUUUUCUUGAGGCGGCGACAUCGUGGAUGCUUCAACAGACAACCGCAGGCCCUCCUUUCAACUACUUGUCAACUUUCACUUAUCCUCCGCGUUUCUCUCGUGGCGGCACUCUGGGUCCCGGCGAAGUCCGCUUCGACCCAACAGAGGUGCACUCCCUUGGACGUGCUUGUAUUCGGCUUCUUCAACAAAUUCAAGCAGGCGGUAGUGCUGGCAUUGCAUGGAGGGAUCUAGUCUCGCUCUGGAGCCGCCAAGCCUGUCCACCUAUUAGUACAGAUCCCGAGAAAAAUAUCGAAUAUGUUGAGUGGAGAUGUGCGCGGAAAGAUGGCUACGUUGCGCGGCCAGAACGAGUGUCUGUAUGUGACGGAAGACCCUCUAUCGAACUCACCAUUGACUUCGAGGGAACGGCAUCCAGGCCCAGCAGGGAUCUGCUUUCUCUUCCUGCAGUACUUGGCGGCAUUAUUCCAUUCCAUACUGCUGACCAUCAGAGGCUGCGGAUUUGCGUACGUUUUUGUUUUCGAGCCUGCUUACAGUUACUGGAGACGCUUCGUCUGGUGGCCGUUUUCCCGUGUCAAGAUGAUUUUCGCGUGGUGGCAUCCGAUAGCGCUUCAUCCUACUGCCUGCCGAUUCGCCGGAUUUUUAAGUGUUUGCAAAAACCCGCAGCGGCCACAGGUCAUCAGGAACACCCUCUUCCUGCUGCUGGAUCCCUCUUCAAAAAUACCGGAAGUGCUCACGUGCCUGUCUCUCUUUGGCGUCGUUGGGGCUCUCCUCUUGGUUCUCAAUGCUAUUAUCACGCCGACGAGCAACAACGGCGAUCAUCUUCCUUGUAUUUGCAACAGCGAUCUGGCGCAAUUCGCUAUCUGAGCUCUCUUCUGAAAGGGACUUGCGAUCUCAUUACGCUCGAUGACAACCUGGUGCCUGCAUCAAGGUACGCGAACUAUGUCUACAUUUCACUUUCCAUGCCUACCUCCUUAUUUCUGUCUCUCACCGCUUCCAGUUGGGUGCGGCUCGACGGGCACCUGAAUGUCAUCCUCGUGUACAUGCUUUCGCUACGAGUGAUGCGUCUCGUUCGAGCUCUUCCAGAAAGCACUAUUGAUUCCGUGAGUCUAUUAAUGGAACGGCUGCCUUAUCUGCUACUGUUUUCUCUCUCUCCUGCCUCUUCUGUUCUUUGUUUAGGU